AUGAUUAUUCCAUCAUUGAGGAAGUAUAUGAAGAGCAUACUCACUAGCAACUUGAGUCUAGAAGAGGGAGUGAUGUUGAUAACAGAAGAUUGUAGCCUAGCCCUCCAAAACAAAACCCCGGAGAAGCUUGACGACCCGGGGAGCUUUGUUCUCUCAUGCCAAAUCGGAGGUACGAUCUUUAAACGCUGCCUUUGUGACUUAGGGUCUAGCGUGAAUCUUAUGCCCUAUACAGUGGCCAAGCGCCUUGGCAUAACAAGCUUUAGACCCACAAAGAUUCAGUUGGUCUUUGCUGAUCGAUCGGUGAGGCGGCCCAUUGGCAUCGUGAGUGAUGUACAAGUCAUGAUUGGUAAAUGUUUCAUACCGGCUGACUUUGUGGUGCUGGAACUAGACCAAGAACCAAGAGAUCCCCUGAUCUUAGGGCGACCUUUCUUAGCCACAGCCGGCGCCAUUAUUGAUGUCAAAGGAGGAAAGAUAGACUUACACUUGGGAGACUUGGUAAUGAAGUUUCAAAUUGACAAAACUUUGGAAAAGCCAACUAUCGACGGGUUCUCUUUCUUGGUGGACAAUUUAAGUGAGGUGUCUGAAGGAGUGUAUGAGGAGCUGAUAAUGGACGACCCCUUAGAAGUGGCACUAACCCGUGUGGAGAAAGAAGGAGGCUAUUUUAGUAGAGAAGCGCGAGACAUAGCCAAAUCACUCGAUAACGCGGAGACGUACAAGAACUUGGUAGCUUAUGUUGGCUUGGAGGAAGAAGUAAUGGGCACAAACGCCUCAAGGGAUGCAUCCAAGCCGUCAAAGGAGCCAUGGAGUGAGUUGAGCGCUCCAAAAGUCGAGCUCAAGGAGCUCCCCGUAGGGCUAAGGUACGCAUUUCUCGGUCCCAACAAUACAUACCCGGUGAUAAUCAAUUCAAAUCUAUCAAAUGUAGAGACCGCGCUACUACUUUGUGAACUAAGAAAGCACCGCAAAGCCCUUGGGUACACCCUUGAGGAUAUAACCGGUAUUUCCCCAGAACUUUGUAUGCACAGGAUACAUCUCGAGGAUGAGUCUAAGUCCUCCAUAGAGCAUCAAAGGAGACUAAAUCCAAACCUGAAAGAUGUGGUGAAGAAGGAGAUAAUGAAACUCUUGGAAGCUGGAGUGAUAUACCCUAUCUCGGACAGUACAUGGGUGAGCCCGGUCCACGUAGUUCCAAAGAAAGGAGGAGUGACGGUCAUAAGGAACGAGAAUGAAGAGCUCAUACCCACCAGAACGAUCACUGGCCACCGGAUGUGUAUCGACUAUCGUAAACUCAAUGCCGCGACCAGAAAGGACCAUUUUCCCUUACCUUUUAUAGAUCAAAUGCUUGAAAGGCUUGCUAACCAUCCUUACUAUUGUUUCUUAGAUGGUUACUCAGGUUUUUUCCAAAUCCCAAUCCAUCCCGACGACCAAGAGAAGACAACAUUCACAUGUCCAUAUGGAACGUUCGCGUAUAGGCGAAUGCCUUUUGGCUUGUGUAAUGCACCGGCUACGUUUCAAAGAUGCAUGAUGUCAAUCUUCACAGACUACAUAGAAGACAUAAUGGAGGUAUUCAUGGAUGAUUUUUCAGUUUAUGGCACAUCCUUUGAUGUUUGUUUGUCAAAUCUUAGCAAGGUCCUCAAGAGAUGUGAAGAGAAGCAUCUAGUGCUAAAUUGGGAGAAGUGCCAUUUCAUGGUGAGAGAUGGGAUCGUGCUCGGUCAUAGAAUCUCGGAGAGAGGCAUUGAGGUUGACAAAGCCAAGAUCGAGGUAAUGGUAAACUUGGAACCGCCCAAGAACGUCAAGGGAGUAAGAAGCUUCCUAGGGCACGCGGGAUUUUAUAGGAGGUUCAUAAAAGAUUUCUCCAAGAUAGCGCGCCCUCUCACUCAGUUACUUUGCAAAGAAGUGGCGUUUGAAUUCAGUGGAGAAUGCCUCGCGGCGUUCAAGAAAAUCAAAGAGGCUCUCAUUAGCGCGCCAAUCGUACAAUCACCGGAUUGGGAGCUUCCUUUUGAGAUUAUGUGCGACGCAAGCGACUACGCCGUUGGAGCUGUGUUAGGCCAAAGGAAAGAGAAGAAACUCCACGUCAUAUACUAUGCAAGCCGGACCCUCGACGAAGCACAAUGCAACUAUGCCACCACGGAGAAGGAGUUAUUGGCGAUUGUCUUUGCAUUCGAGAAGUUUCGCUCAUAUCUCGUUGGCUCCAAGGUUAUAGUGCAUACCGAUCACGCGGCUCUCAAGUAUCUGCUGUCAAAGAAAGAUGCAAAGCCAAGACUUAUACGCUGGAUACUUCUUUUGCAAGAAUUUGACCUAAAGAUCAUCGAUAGGAAAGGCGCGGAGAAUGGCGUGGCCGACCAUCUUUCAAGAAUGAGAAUCGAAGAGAGCAUACCUAUAGAUGACUCAUUACCAGAGGAAACGGUCUAUGCGGUAAGCGCAGUACCUAUGUCGAGGAAAGAGACCCCACCAAAAGCGACCACGGAGAGGAGAAAUGCCUUUGGCGCGCCGUGGUAUCGUCAUAUAGCCAACUAUCUCGCGGCCGAUAUAGAGCCUCCAAACUUCUAUGGAUACAAGAAGAAGAAAUUCUUGAAAGACAUCAGAUUUUACUUCUGGGACGAGCCAUACCUCUACAAGAAGUGCCAAGACGGAUUGUUUAGAAAAUGCGUGCCGGAGGAAGAGAUAGCCGGGAUUCUCCAUGGAUGUCACGGAUCAGCUUACGCAGGUCAUUUUGCUACGUUCAAGACAGUCUCUAAGGUCUUGCAAGCGGGUUUUUGGUGGCCUACAAUGUUUAAAGACGCUCAAGCAUUCAUCUCACGUUGUGAUGCCUGCCAAAGAAUGGGGAACAUAAGCAAAAGGAAUGAAAUGCCGCAAAACUUUAUCUUGGAAGUUGAGGUGUUCGAUGUUUGGGGAAUUGAUUUCAUGGGACCCUUCCCCACAUCCUUUGGAGAUCAAUACAUCCUAGUAGCAGUGGACUAUGUCUCCAAGUGGGUUGAGGCAAUAGCAGCUCCAACAAAUGACUCGAGCGUGGUGAUAAAAAUGUUCAAAUCUAUCAUAUUCCCAAGAUUUGGAGUUCCAAGAGUUGUGAUAAGUGAUGGAGGCUCACACUUCAUCAAUCGGAUCUUUGCAAACCUUCUAAAGAAAUAUGGAGUGCGGCACAAGGUAGCAAGCCCUUAUCAUCCACAAACAAGCGGCCAAGUGGAGAUUUCAAACAGGGAAUUGAAGAGCAUCCUACAAAAGACAACCGGGAAGAAAUAG